AUGAUCUACUUGGUGGAGACUGUUGUUGGAUACAUACUUCUCGACAAGAUGGACAGGUCUGAAGAGGCACAAGUUAUUGGGGCAUACAGGUUUGAGAGCAUUGACGAGGCAGUAGAGUCAUCGUCGUUACUUCUCAGAGGGGAGAUUCCUCGCAGUCUGGAAAACUUCAUGGGGCUUGUGGAGGACAAAUGUAAAGAGACCUUGGUUGUGAGCGACCAAAAGCUUGUGGAGCCACAGGAGAGGAGGUUUUCAAGAAAGGUUGUGUGCUCUCACGAUGAUGCCCAGAGGUCGAUAAAGUCCAAUGUGCACGAGUAUUUCGGGAUAAGCUGGGCCGAGUAUUCUGAGAGGAUCCUGUGUCUGGCACACAAGAUUUCCAUGGAGAAGAUCAAUCUCGUGCCUGAGAAGAUCGACACAAUGGUGAUUCAGUCUGUAUCUCUUCUGGAGGACAUGGACAAGGACAUAAAUCUCCACUGCAUGAGACUCAAGGAGUGGUACGGAUUCCACUUUCCGGAGCUAUCUUCUGUUACGGAUAACAACAGAGAGUAUCUUAAGCUUGUUGUUGCGAUUGGAAGGAAGGGAAGCAUUGACGAGGAAAAGAGGAAGGCUCUUAGAGAGAUUGCCGGAGACAAGAGCGAGAAGAUUAUCUCGCUAGGAGAGAAGAGCAUGGGUGUUGCGAUGGAUGAGUCUGAUGUUCUAAACAUACUAGAGGAUGCAAGAAGCGUUCUUCGAAGCUUUGAGUUUAGAGACGAGCUAGUGGAGUACAUCCGGGUGAAGAUGGAGGGGUUAGCACCGAACAUGACGUCAUUGGUUGGGGAAGUGAUUGCGGCAAAGAUGAUAAGUAAGGCAGGGUCGCUGUCGAGCCUAGCAAGGAUGCCUGGGUCUUCGAUACAGAUGAUGGGGGCUGAGAAGGCCUUAUUCCAGGCUCUGAAGUCAAAGACGAGUACUCCGAAGUACGGCAUUAUCUAUGGAUGCUCUCUCUUGGGGCAGGUGAGCUCUCAGAACAAAGGGAAGAUAGCUAGGAGCUUGGCUUCGAAGAUUGCAAUAGCAGCCAGGAUUGAUUCCUAUGGAGAGGAGAGGACGAAUGCGAUUGGGGUGAAGAUGAGGGAGAAGAUCGAGAGGAGAAUCAAGGAUCUGGAAGCAAGAAGCAACUGUGAGAAGAAGGUGAGCAAGAAGCUCAAAUACGAGGUGAAGCCGGACUUCUAUGAUGACUCGAAGGAUUUCAAAAGGGUCAAAACGAAAUGA